AUGUCCCGUCGUGGUGUUGGCCUUGGCGCCUUUGCAAAUCGAACACAGGCAACGCAGUCUUAUGCCACUCAUGGCGCCAAUCUCCGCUCUACUCAUACUGCCUCCUUACAAACCCAGCUGUCGGUGUUCCAGUCGUUGCUUCAUACAUUCGCGCUCGAACAUAGCUCUACAAUCAAGUCCAACCCAACUUUUCGGGCGGAAUUUGCGCGCAUGUGCAAUGCCAUAGGGGUCGAUCCCCUCGCCGCAAGCAACAUCAAGGGCAAGAAUGGGCUCAGAGUUGUGGAGUUAUGCAGAGAGACUAGAAGUGAGAAUGGUGGACUAAUAGGCGUUGAGGAGUGUCGGAAACGAGUUGGGAAGGGCAAGGCGAUCGGCAGUGGACUUGAAGUUUCAGAUGACGAUAUAUUGCGCGCAGUUCGAUCACUCGAGCCUCUUGGCUCCGGGUUCUCUAUCAUCAACGUUGGUAGCAAGCAGUUCAUUCGGUCCAUCCCUAAGGAACUCAACACCGACCAAGCAACGGUCCUGGAGGCUAUUCAAGUCUUGGGUUAUGUGAGUGUCUCGAUGCUGCGGUUGAACCUCAAUUGGGAAAAAGCGCGAGCACAGACUGUUAUCGACGACCUGCUUGCCGAUGGGCUAGUCUGGCUCGAUGCUCAGGGACCCGAGAAAGAGUACUGGUCUCCACAAAAUCUUCUGGGGCAUAGUGGCUGA